UGGGUGAUUUCUGCGGCUGACAAGGAAACGUGAAACACUGAAACGGAAAUGGCAGUGGCAGUACCGAGUUACUCCUUACUCUAAAUCGCUCCCAUAGUUUCAUUCCCUUCACUCGCAACGUUCUUUGUUCCAAUCGCACUACUUUCUUUCUCCCAAUACCCCAAUUCCAAAACUACGCCUCAAACGUCUUCCAAUUUCUUAGUUCUCAGUUAUUGUAAUACCUUGGCUGGGAGAAACUGUAAUGGCUCAUUGCUCCACCUCCAACACGGAUACUAGCGCAAGUGCACCUCAAAUAAGUUCAUGGUAUGUAGAUGAAUCUUAUGAAGAGCUCAAGAAGGGAAUUCACCUUGUGAGAAUCUCAGAUGAGACCUUCACUUGUCCAUAUUGCCCUAAGAGAAAACAGGGAUAUCUGUAUAGGGAACUCCUUCAACAUGCUUCUGAGGUUUGUCAUAGUAGUGCACUAAAAAGAAGUGCAAGAGAGAAGGCUAAUCAUAUGGCUUUAGCAAAAUAUUUGGGAAAAGAUCUUGCGAGUUUCGAUGGCCCGUCAAAACCUGUAGAUAAAGGUACCAAUGUAUUAAGCAUGGGAGAUACAGUACAGCAUCACUCCUCUGACAAGGAUACUAAUAUAAGUGCUACUCAAAUAAGUGGGUUCUAUGUAAAUAAAUUUUAUAACAAACUCAAAACGGCAAGUCAAAAUGCGAAAACCUCAGAUGAUACGUUUGCUUGCCCAUUCUGCCCUAAAAACAGAAAACAGAAUUAUGCGUACAGGGAAAUCCUUGCACAUGCUUCUGGGGUGGGUCAGAGUAGUUCACAGAAGAGAAGCAUGAAAGAAAAAGCUACUCAUCUAGCUUUAAUGAAAUAUUUGAAAAAGGAUGUUAUAAUUAAGGAUGCAAAUUGCCCAUCAGAACCUGCAGAUAAAGGUUCCCCAACAGCGAGUUCGCACAACACUGUGAUGGGUCAAUGCUCUAACAAAAAUCCUGGUACAACUGCAUCUCGAAUAAGUCGGCGGUAUUUCAUUAAAGCUUAUGAGGAACUCAAAAAGGGAAAGCACAUAGUGAAAGUCUCAGACGAGGGUUUCAUUUGUCCUUAUUGCCCUAGAAAGUUAAGUCGGUAUUAUGUGCUCAGGGAAAUUCUUGAACAUGCUUAUGGGGUAAGUAAGAGUUCCUCACAAAAGAGAAGUGGCACAGAGAAGGCUAAUCAUCUAGCUUUAGUGAAAUAUUUGAAAACGGAUCUGGUUAAUGCGAAUGGUCGCUUAAAAUCUGUGAAUGAAGGAACCAAAGUACUAAGCCCGAGAAAAAGCGUAAUGGAACAACGCUCAAGAAGGGAUACUAAUACAAGUGCACCUCAAAUAAGCAGGUGGCAUGUAGAUAAUUCUUAUGAACAACUUAAAAUGGGAAAUCACAAUGUGAAAACCUCAGAUGAGACUUUCACGUGUCCAUACUGCCCAAAAAAGAGAAAACGAGAUUAUGUGUACAGAGAACUACUUGAACAUGCUUCUGGGGUGGGUCAGAGCAGUUCACAGAAGAGAAGUGCCACAGAGAAAGCAGAUCAUCUGGCUUUACUAAAAUAUUUGAAAAAGGAUGUUAUUAAUAUUGAUGGUCCAUCGAAACCUGCAGAUGACAAAACCCAUCUUGUUAAUUCUGAUGAGCAGUUUGUGUGGCCUUGGACUGGGAUUGUAGUUAAUAUUCCCACUAUACAGACAGAAGAUGGACGUUGUGUUGGGCAAAGCGGUGCCAUGUUGAGGGAUGAAUACAAAAGCAGGGGUUUUAAUCCACGUAGAGUUUGUGCACUUUGGAGUUCACAAGUUCACUCUGGAACUGCUCUUGUCGAAUUCAAUAAUAAUUGGCUAGGCUUGGAUGAUGCAUUGCGUUUUGAAAGAGCAUAUGAACUAGAUCACCAUGGUAAAAAGGACUGGCUUGCUAAUACUGAGCUGAAGUAUGGUAUUUAUGCUUGGCUUGCACGAGUCAGUGAUUAUAAGUUGAACAAUAUUAUUGGGGAACAACUGCGGAAGAUGAGGGAUGUCAGAACUAUAAAUCAACUUAUGGAAGAAGAAGCUAGAAAGCAGGAUAAACUCGUGCUCAAUUUAACUAACACUAUUCAGGUAAAGAACAAGCUUUUAAAGGAGAUGGAAGUACAGUACAGUGAAGCUACAAUUAAAAUUGAUGUUGUAAUGGGGGAAAUAGAUAAGCUCACUAAAUCUCAUGACGAAGAGAUGAAGAAAAUACAGUCAAGUGCAAGGCAAUAUUUUCAGAAUAUUUUUAGUGGCCAUGAAAGGCUUAAGUUACAAUUAGAAUCUCAGAAAACCGAGCUUGAGUUGCGAAGAAUAGAAUUGGAAAAGCGGGAAGCACAUAAUGAAAGUGAAAGAAAAAAGUUGAAAGAAGAGAUUGAGGAGAAUGCAAUGAAAAACAGCUCUCUUCAGAUUGCUGUUCAUGAACAAGAGAAGGCUAAUAAAAAUCUUUUGAGACUGGCUGCAGAUCAGGAGCGACAAAAAGAAGAACUCCAUGCUAAAAUUAUCCGGCUUGAAAAACAAUUGGAUAUGAAACAGAAAUUGGAGUUGGAGAUUCACCAACUAAAAGGAAAAUUAAAUGUCAUGAAGCACAUGGAAGAUGAUGGAGAUUCUGAAGUUUUGAAUGUGAUGGAUAUUUUAUAUAACGAAUUAAGAGAUAAGGAACAGUCACUUCGAGAGAUAGGGACAUUGAACCAAGCACUAAUUGUUAAAGAGCGUAAGAGCAACGAUGAGCUGCAGGAUGCUCGAAAAGUGUUGAUUAGUGGAGUUAAAGACAUGUGUACUCGUGGCAAUAUUGGUGUGAGGAGAAUGGGGGAACUUGAUAUUAGACCGUUUGUUGAAUUUAUGAGGAAAAGAUAUAAUGAUGAGGAAGCAGAAGAGAGAGCUUUAGAACUGUGUUCAUUGUGGGAAGAGUAUCUUAAGGACCCAGACUGGCAUCCCUUUAAAAUCAGCACAAUUGAUGGGAAACAUCAGGAAAUGGUAGAUGAUAACGAUGAAAAGUUGAAAGGACUAAAAAACGAGAUGGGGGAAGAAGUGUACAACGCUGUGGUGGAAGCUUUAAGAGAGAUAAAUGAAUACAAUCCAAGUGGACGGUACAUAACCUCGGAAUUAUGGAACUACAAAGAUGGAAGAAAAGCCACUUUGCAAGAAGGGGUAAAUUUUCUAUUGGAGCAAUGGAAACUUCAUAAACGUUAGAGGGAAAUUAUGUAAAUGCUUGGAUGUGAAUAGCUAGAAAGAAAAUUAUUUAGACAAGGACUAAGUGCUUAAAUUUACAUCUUUUCUCUCAAAAUACUUCUAGAUUUAUUGCAUGGGAAAUUUUAUAUUAAUGUUUCAAAUCAUUUUGUCCUUCACUAUAGCAAUGUGCUUUAAUUAUCAAA